AUGGCGGGGGACUCCAAGAAGGAGAAGGCUGUGGAGGUGAGCGAUCUGACGGCCAAGCUCACCGACGACCUCCUCGUGGAGGUCAACUCGCGCGUGCCCUACAAGUCCACCUGCUGCUGCAAGUGCGUCUCCACGCGCUGGCGCGACCUCUUCUCCCACCCGGACCACCGCAAGAUGUUGCCCCAAUCCCUCGCCGGCUUCUUCUAUGAAGGUUAUAACAAAAAUCGCUCUCUCAAGACAGCUCGCUAUUUCACCAACGUGUCAGGGGAAGGUGACCCUUUCGUCGACCCGUCCCUCGCGUUUCUCCCCAACUAUAAGAGCCUUGAAGUCUUGGACUGCUGCAAUGGCCUCCUCCUCUGCCGCUGCUGGAAGGAGACUGAUCCCAAGACACUGGAUUACGUUGUGUGCAAUCCCGCCACUGAGAAAUGGGUGGUCGUCCCUCCCACCAACUGGUCCAGCGAGGUGGAGGUCACUCGGCUGGGGUUCGAUCCGGCUGUCUCCUCCCACUUUCAUGUGUUUGAAUUCAUAGAUGAGGAUGUGUGGGGUACAGAAGAGGACAAGCUAAGUGAUUGCAGUGGACGCAUAGAAAUGGUGCCAGUUUACUCAUCCAAAGCUGGUGUUUGGAUGCACCACCGAACAGCUGUCUGGGUUCUUGAGGACUAUGAACGAGGAAAGUGGACCUUGAAGCACAAUGUCAGCCACUCGCAACUAUUUGGAGUGAAGUAUUCAGAGCAUGAUUACAAUGUCAUCUCAUUUCACCCUGAACGCAAUAUGUUCUUCACAGUCUGUGGGCACGAGAACACACUAAUGUCAUAUGAGAUGGAUUGCAGAAAGCUUUGUUUUAUAAGUCAACUUGGACGGGAUGGCCAAAUUAAAUGUGGCAAGACUCCUUUUAUUCAAUAUGUUCCCUUGUUCUCGGAGUCAUUGGCAGAUGGGCCUUAA